AUGGCCCGGAGGGAGAAGGAGGGCAGGCUGCAGGGGCGCCGGGACCGCGCCCAAACCCGCAACCGCCACCGCAACGACCCGCACCCCAAUGCCGCCGCCGCCGCCACCGGCGGGGCGGGCAGGGAAGCGCGCCACCUGCCGGCAGGAACUGCUGUUGCUGCCACCGCCCCCUUUGCCCCGCUGCUCCCCCGAGCCCCCAAGAGGCAGAGCGGGAAAGGCGCCACCUGCCGGCAGGGCCUGCUGCCGCCGCUGCCGCCACCUUUGCCCGACUCCUCCCUCGGGCCCCCCAAAGGGCGGGGCGGGAAGGGCGCCACCUGCCGGCAGGAACAGCUGUUGCUGCCGCCGUCCCCUUUGCCCAGCGCCUCCCCCGGGCCCCCAAGGGGCGGGGCGGGGCAGGCAAAGAAGAGCGCCACCUACCGGCAGGAGCUGCUGCUGCAGCCGCCGCCACCUUUGCCCGGCUCCUGCCCCGGGCCCCCAAGAGGCGGGGCGGGAAAGGCGCCUCCUGCCGGCAGGACCUGCUGCUGCCGCCGCCGCCGCCGCCACCACCUUUGCCCGACUCCUCCCUCGGGCCCCCAAGGGGCGGGGUGGGAAGGGCGCCACCUGCCGGCAGGAAAUGCUGCUGCUGCCGCCGCCGCCACCUUUGCCCAGCGCCUCCCCCGGGCCCCCAAAUGGAGGGAUGGGAAGGGCGCCACCUGCCGGCAGAAACUGCUGCUGCUGCCACCGCCACCUUUGCCCGGCUCCGCGGGACGGGCCCGCGAGCGCCCCCGUCCGGCCGCUCCCGCCUCGCCCACGCCCCCUCCGGAGAAGCCACGUCCCCGACAACGGCCAUCAGCAUCGUAA